ACACUCACAGGCACCACCUUGACGAGAGGAGUGAUCUACUGAACACCUACAUCAGGACACGAGAUCUUUUUCCUGAAUCAGGAGACAUGGUGGACAAGGUUUUUAAGAAGACCAGUGGUAACGGUCAGCUUACUCUGUACCUGGGAAAGAGGGACUAUAUUGACAAUGUGGACAGCGUGGAGUCUGUUGAGGGUGUUGUGAAGAUUGACCCCAAAGAUCUGGGAGACAGGAAAGUGUGGGUUCAGCUAUGCUGUGCAUUUCGGUAUGGUAAUGAGGACCUGGACGUGAUCGGGCUGAUUUUCAGGAAGGACAUCUGGAUUAAUCACAUUCAGCUUUAUCCUGACGCUGGACAUAAACCAAAGCUCACUGACAUGCACAACACACUGCUGAGGAAAGCUGGAGAGCAAGCGUAUGCCUUCACUUUUGAGAUUCCAACCAAUCUUCCAUGUUCCAUCACCCUGCAGCCCGGACCUGACGAUCAGGGGAAGAAGCCCUGUGGCGUGGACUUCGAGGUGAAAGCAUAUGUCGCUAAAGAGGCUGAAGAUCCCAGUGAGAAAAUUGAUAAAAAGGACACGUGUCGUCUGAUUAUACGUAAGUCUCAGUUUGCCCCAGUGAACACAGGAAGUGGACAAAGAGCAGAACUCUGUAAGAGCUUCAUGCUGUCAGACAAACCGCUGCUGCUGGAAGCGUCUCUGGAGAAAGAUAUUUAUUAUCAUGGUGAAACCGUUCCUGUUAAAGUGAAAGUAAAGAACGACACCAACAAAGUGGUGAAUAAAUUCAGAGUCACUGUUGAGCAGACGACAGACGUGAUUCUUUACUCUGCUGAUAAAUACACUAAGUCUGUUCUGAAUGAAGAGUUUGCAGAGACAGUGGAAGCAAACUCAACGUUUGAGAAAGUUUUUCGUGUCACACCGCUGCUGGCUCAGAACAGAGAGAAACGAGGACUUGCUGUGGACGGAAAACUAAAAUAUGAGGACACAAACCUGGCGUCCACCACCCUUGUGAGACCAGGGAUGGACAGAGAGAUUUUGGGAAUUAUGGUGUUUUAUAAAAUCACAGUUCAUCUGCUGGUGUCUGGAGCAGGACUGUUGGGAGGUCUGACUGGCAGUGAUGUGGUGGUGGAGUUACCUCUGACUCUAAUGCACCCCAAACCCACAGUGUGAGUGAAGCCCUCAGAAGUGGACACUGUGAAGUUUCCCCAAACAGCAUCAUGGAGCUCUGUUAUCUACAAUGUACUGAAGCACUGAAGACAUGACUCAGUGUCUCAGCUCUGUAGCUUAGUGUUUUACUGGAAGGUGAAAAUAUAGUUACUCACCUCAUCAUCAUCAUCAUCAUCAUCAUCAUCAUCGUCAUCAUCGUCAUCAUCAUCAUCGUCAUAAUCAUCUAUAACACAGCAUUAUCACACACACACACACACACACACACACACACACACACACACACACACACACACAGACACACACACACACACACACAGUCUGAAAAGGGCAACAUUCUCUUGGAAUUCAUCUUAAUGUUCUUUUGUCCAUGUUGAAUGGUGAAAGUUAAAUGUGACUGUAGUUGUGUAGUUGUGUAAUUUUGCAAUUGUGUGUAUUAGCAUAAAUAAAAUCAGUGACUAAAACUCCACGGUACCAAAUAAAACAUAUAGA